AUGGUGGGGGAGGGGCCCCCAAGACCACUGACUGGUGAGGGAGGCCGUCAACGAAGGAAACACCAGCAGAUGAAGGUGAACCAAAAAGGGGGGGCCCCUGAGAUGCAGCUAGCGAGACAUGGGCCCUUAAAGGGGGGGCCCCACGAGACGGGCUCCCAAGAGAAGGGGCCCCUCGAGAGGGGCUUCCAAAGGAAGUUGCCCGACGAGGGGAGUCCCCAGGUGAAGGGCCCCCAAGAGAAGGGGACCCAGGGGACGGGGCAAAAGGAAAAGGGGCCCCAGGAGAGGGGGCCUCAGGUAAGUUGGGCUCAGGGGAAGAUGCUCGAGAGGGGAUUACAGCUAAUACAGGGGUGGGGAUUUCGUGAGAAGGGGACUGUCGGAGACCCGCUGCGGGAGGUGCUGUCGUUGAAGGAAGAGGGGCCCCCUGGGGCUGCUGGCUGCGUUGGGGGUCUGUGGUGUCGUUUGGCUGCGCUCCCAUCUCCCUCGGUCUCUGGUGCGAGUUGA